AUGCUCUUAAUGAUCCCGACUCAUGAUUUAAUUGCCAUGUAUUUAGCUAUUGAGCUUCAAAGUUUAUGUUUUUAUGUGAUCGUAUCAUCAAAAAGAAAGUCUGAAUUUUCCACGGAAGCCGGCUCAAAAUAUUUGAUCUUAGGUGCAUUUCCCUCUAGAAUAUUAUUGUUCUGGUGUGACCGGACUACUACCAAUCAAUUUUUUGGAAGUUAUUUAUAG